AUGAACGUGGAGGUGGUGCGCCAGAAGCUGGUGGACGGCGAGCCGGACGCCGUGCUGAAGGAGCUGGUGGACCUGUACCGCCGCGCCGAGAUCCUGCACACACCGCAGCUCGGCCGCAUCCUUGAGGCGCUCUUCCCGGUCUGGAAGGGGUUGCUGCAGACCAAGCUGCAGCCGCAGCUGCGCUCCACGACGCAGAACCGCUGCCGAAAGGUGCUCCUGCAGAUCCUGAAUAGGAUGCCGAGUAAUGAAGCGCUGCGGCCGUAUGUGGCGCAGCUGCUCCAGCUGCUGAUGGAGGUCCUGCAGAAAGACAACGAGGACAACGCGCUGAUCGCGCUCAAGACACUGUUCGACCUGCACCGCAACUACCGACCGGGACUCCGCAAUGAAGUGCAGCCGUUUCUGGAGCUGGUGCAACUCAUGUACAAGAAUCUGCAGACGACGAUGAAGAAGCAGUUCAGUGGACCGCCAGAGACGCACAAGUCCAGCUCCGUGUCGGCGGCAACGACGCCCACUGCCGCUAAAGCUGCAGCGUCUUCAGCUGCUGCUGCAGAGGAAACAAAGGAAUCUACUGCAGCUGAAAAGGAAUCGGCCAGUACUGCGAGUACUUCGGCGGGAUCAACACAAGCAGGGGCGUCAGCACCCCAGGCAGCAACGAGUAGCAGCGCUGGCGAGACGGCUGCAACUGCAGCAUCUUCUUCUACAGCAGUACCAGAAAAUAGUGGUGCAAGUGCCGCGGCUACAGCAGCUUCUGGUAGUGAAUCAGCCACCGAUGAGCCUAUCUGCAGCAAUUUGGAGUCGUUCAAGACAAUUUCGGAGUUGCCGUUGAUCAUCAUGCUGCUCUUCCAGUGCUAUCCGAGCUACAUCGAGAGCUACAUUCCCGUUUUGGUACCGCUGAUGAUGUCGGCGCUGGCAUUGCGUGCGCCGGAUACGGCGGCAACGUCACAUCCGUCUCGUUAUUUGGAUUUCUUGGAUUGUCAAGUGAAGACGCUGUCAUUUGUAACGUACUUGCUGCGUGGGUGCGCCAAUCUGAUGCGUCCAUUUCAAGAUGCUAUCUGUGAGAACACAGUAAAGCUGCUCGUGGCUUGUCCCAAGGACGCCUUCGUGCUACGCAAGGACAUCUUUGUGGCAGCAAGACACAUCAUCUCGACGGACUUUCGGAGAGGGUUUUAUCCGCAGCUAGAACUACUCAUGAACGAUGACGUGUUGGUGGGCAAGGGACGUUGUAGCUUCUACCAGAUCCGGCCUUUGGCGUAUUCAACUUUGGCAGACAUGAUCCAUCAUGUUCGGGAUAUGCUAACUCUGGCUCAGGUGAGCACAAUCGUGGAUUUCUACGGCAAGCGUAUCCAUGACCCAACGCUGCCAAUCUCUAUCCAAACGACCAGCAUUCGGUUGCUUCUCAAUCUCGUCGACAUCAGUGCUAAGAAUGAGGAUACGGACGCAUGGAAAGGUCGUAACAUUCUCUCGCGCAUUCUGCUCAUCAUUUCUGGGAAGUUCGGCACAACGCUGGAAAAUUUGCCUAUGGCUCUUGCAACUACUCUUCGCAGUAAGUCUAGCGGUGAUCGAGGUGAUCUACUGGAAGGAGGUGCUAUGGAUAAAAUCAAGCAGUCCAGCCUGCUUCCUAAAGAAGUCGUGCAAAAAACACCGUACGAGAAGAAACUGGAGGUGCUACUGUUGCCGCAUAUGCGUGUACAACGCCCCGCGGACUCUAUUUCGGAGGAAGAACCGAGUAUUCGUGAUAUCAAGUCUCUGCUGCGCACAAUGAUCCUGGGUAUCCGCGCUGUUAUCUGGUGUACAGCCAAUUACCGAAAUCCGCACGCGAAGGAUUUGUCAACGGUUGAUGCCAACAGCACUGAUGCGAGUGGUAUGGCUGCUGUUUCGAGCUCUCAGGGAAUUCACUCGGGGCUGACCAUGGACGUGGUGACAAGUGCUACUGGUCGGUCGUCUGGGAGCGAACACUUGUAUCCAAUGACUGAUGAUGAACGCUUGCUUAUCGCGAAGGUGCUUCGGAAUGGAUUGCGUUGUUUUAUCCUUUAUACGCUUUCCGAGAACACUCUAUCAGAGGAGAAACAAAUGCUGGACCACUUCGCUGGGGCAUUCACAGUUUUGGAUGCCGCGGACUUUCGGGACCUAUUCAUUUCGAAUAUUGAGCUGCUCUAUCAGUGCAUCCUUCAGGAUCACGCUAUAUUGACGAUCCCCCAGCAUUUCUUGGCCAACUCGAAUGUGAGCUGCUGGUUUGCUGAGAUCCUGCUCAAGUUCUUAAUUACGCAGAUGAAGGACCUGAGUGUCGAAUCGGAGGGUGAUUUGCCCGAUACGAAGCGUGUGGACAAGGUGAUGGCUAUCGAGAAUCUUCAGUUUGAGAAUAUGCGUACUGUACCGCAGGUGCAUCGUGCCUCCAUUGUGCUCCGGCUGUUUAAGAUUGUCUUUGGUUCGGUCACGUUGUUCAAGUCGAACGAAUCAGCGCUGUUCCCGCAUUUGCGUACAAUUAUUGAGUCGUGUCUGAAGCAAGCCACGUUCACAAAGCAUCCAGACAACUACUUGCUGUUGCUACGUGCGCUGUUCCGGUCAAUUUCAGGUGGAAAGUAUGAAAACUUUUACAAGGAGGUGUUCCCGCUGCUGCCGGGUGUAUUGUCAGCGCUGAUGCGACUACAGAAGCACAUUGGAAAACCGGCGAUGCAAGAAGUGCUAUUGGAGUUGUGUUUGACGAUCCCAGCUCGACUGAGCUCAUUGCUACAGUACUUGCCAUCUCUCAUGAAGUCGGUAGUGCGUGCGAUCUUAUCACGCGGCGAGCUCGCGUACUUAGGGCUGAGGACGCUGGAGUUUUGGGUGGACAAUCUCAAUCCGGACUUCUUGUAUCCUAUCAUGACCUCUCAGGACCGGUUGCUUACGGAGAUAAUUGAGGCGCUGAACACACACCUCAUCCCGCCACCGUACCCGUACGGUGAAUUGGCCAUGCGCAUCCUGGGCAAGAUUGGUGGUCGAAACCGUCAGUACCUUAUGGAUCCGCUGAACCUAGAUUACCAUGAGCACUCGUUUACGGGCAUGUCUUUCACGUUUCAAUGGGGUGGAGAUGGAGAUAUUAUGGAUGUCGAUAUGGAAGGUGAUGGAGUUGUACCGAACCAGGGCGGUAGAUUUCCGAUAAAGAUGGAUCUGCUUGUUGCACAGGCAACUAAGGUGCUUCGCACAUACUUACGGAAGACGUCUGCGGAGCGCAAUAAUGUGAACAAGACUGAUUCACGCCUUGCCGAUGUCGAUGAUUUUGAAGAAGGCGAAAACGCAACAAGACCAUCUUUCUUGCUCGAAAAGGAUGACAAGACGCUUCAGUUGGAGACUGAAACAAUGGGGAAAAUUCGUGGAUCAAUUUUGCAGCAUAAGCGCUCUGCGUUUAUGUUUAUUUCUCGCGCGGCGGUGGUAUCUCUCAACGUAAGUUACUAUGCAACUGCUGAUUGCGAAACGCUUGACAGCAACGAAGACGCUACCAACGUGGGUUUGCAGCAUGCGGAGCCAAUGCGGAAAGUGAUUUCGCAGGAGGCCUUGCGUUCCACACGCAAACAGCUAUUGGAAGUUUUAUUUGAAACGAUGGUGGAUGUGGAUGUUGGUGCAGAUGCAAAAAAAGUGUUGGAGGGUGUUGCGGCUCAUCUCACAAUAUUGGCUUUGAAAAAGUGUUCACGAGACCCGCCAAAUUUUGCUGUACUGUCUACUCUGCAUGCAUCGACAUUGUAUGCAGCGACGAGAGGUUUGUCGCCUGGACGUCACUUGGCAACGACGAAGCGGAUAGAAACACUUCGUCAGGCGACGUAUGGAAUCUCAAAAAUGACGGAAGGGGAUGUGGCGAAUGAUUUUUACUCGUUUGCCCAAGCGGUUUCAGUUGCGCUGAGCUCGCCGGAUCAACGGAUUGUCGAUGCAGCGAAAGAGAUGGCCACGUUCAUCGUCAAGACAGCUAUUGCCCAGUUCGACUCACCGCAACUAGCUAUGGAGCAUGGUGGGGCUCUGUUUAACAGCAUGUGCGAAGUGUUCGCUCACGGCUGCUACGACAAAGGAAGCUGGCGCCAGAAAUUGGGAGGAGCUAUCGGCCUGCGGCUACUUGUAGACCUGCUUGAGCCUCAGUGGUCUCACGAAAACGAACUCACGAUUAUCAAGGCGUUGUUUUUUGUACUGUCAGAUCACCCCCCAGAAGUAAGUGCGACUGUAAGUGCUGAGACUGGCGAGGCGUUGGAAGGGGUUGUGAAGGCAGCAUGGAAGGUUCGCUCGGGGUUCGCAGACCAGUUCGGCGACGAUGAAGCCAAGAAAAAGGACUUCUUGUCGUGUGUUGCUUUCCAGGACACUGAAGUAUUCCAGAUGCUUGUCGUGGAAUUCCUGAGCCCGAAGGCGCCAACCCGACAGUACGCGAAACAAUGUAUCGCCACAGUUGCAUCGCUGCAAGAAACGACUGCUUCAGCUCUGCUAUAUCCAUACAACCAGUUGAUCAGUAAGCAGAUCACUGGGUGCAAUCUACGCAUGCUGCCUAGCAAUACCAGGACAGGCUACGUAGAUGCAAUGGCAUACGCACUGUCAAUGGAGCCACCGAUAUUCUCGCUGACCAAGGAACUCAUGAUGUUUCUUCAAGAGGUAUGGAAAUUGAUUUCGGAAGAUUCACAGCGCGAUGGAGUUACAAUGGUUGGGGCAGAAAGCCCAAACAGCGUUGGAGGUACUGCGCCGGCGAUACCAGGGUCUGGUGUAUCGGCCCAGGAAUAUCCGUUUGGACUUUCACAAGCCUGCGAAUUGCGCAUUGCAGCCGCCAAACUGCUCCGUGCAGCUUUUCUUGCGGCGCCGAACGAGCUGAAUCAGCACCCCGAGUAUCGCAAUCGCUUUGUGGGCGUUUUCUUUCGAUAUCUGACGGGUCAGCCCCCGGAGCUGGUUCAAGUAGCGCAAAAUGCGUUAACAGAUGUCAUUCAGCUGAACAAGCAAAAUAAGGAUGUAUUUCUACCGAAGGAGCUUCUGCAACAAUGCUUGAGACCAGUACUUCUCAACUUGGCCGACUACCGGAAACUUAACCUCCCGCUGCUGGAAGGGUUGUCGCGCCUACUGACGUUGCUCAGCAGUUGCUUCAACGUGACACUCGGGGAAAAACUGCUAGAGCAUCUGAAGCAAUGGCGUGAUCCAGAUCGAAUUGCCAAAGCAGGAAUUUGGAAGCGGGGCGAAGAGCCCGCUGUAGCAGCAGCAAUUGUGGAUCUUUUUCACUUGCUACCUCCCAACGAUGCAUUUUUGGAGCCGCUCAUUAAUUGCGUGGUGGACCUUGAGGCUGUACUGCCGAAGUACGGAAGUUAUGGCAAAAUGAGCUCGCCGUACCGGAUUCCAUUGACACGGUUCUUAAAUCGCUACGCGUCGAAGGCUGUAGCAUUUUUUCUGAAGCGUGAGCAGUUGGUCGAGGUCAAGUAUUCGUCGCUAUUCCAGCAGCUUAUUAAGCUACCAGAGGCAGCUCCACUCCAUGCGGUCAUAAUUGGCGACGGUGGUGCCGAGUCUAUGGUAGAGGCAACCUUUAAUGCUGCGUUGAAGAUUAACGCUGCUGGUUUCGGAGACGUCAAAAGUGGAGCAGAUGUGUCCAGCGACGCCAAAAUGCAGGCCCAGAUUCAGCUGAACGCGCAGAAAGCAGCAGCACAGGCUGUGGCCAACGCACAAGCUCAAGGAAUGACCGCGUCAGCGGCGGAAGCUCGUGGUGUGCAAGCUCGUGCUGCGUAUGUAGUGAAAGCUCAGGCUCAAGUGAACGCUCAGCAGGCGCUGAAGGUGCAGUCCCAAGUUCAGAUUCAGGCCAAUGCACAGAAAUUGCACGCGCAGACUCUGGCAGCUGCCCAAGCUCAAGGACUGUCACUGGUGCAAGCUCAAGCAAAAGCGCAGUUCGCUAGCAAAGAGUACAUCGCAAAGGCUCAAAGUCACAUCUCGUCUGCCGCCAUGCAAACGCCGUUACCCAAUCCUGCGAUGAGCUCACUGGUCACGCAGCAACAAGCGCAACAGCUACAAGCUCAGAUCCAAGUGAACGCACAGAAGGUUCAUGCCCAGGCACUUGCAACGGCUCAGGCCCAAGGCUUAAAACCAAUGCAAGCGCAAGAAAAGGCAAAGCAGGCGCAAGCAACUUACAUCCACCGUGCAAAUGCGCAAGCUCAAGCAAAAAUUGCACGAGCUCAGAGCCAGGGUUUAGCAUCAUCGCUGGCCUUGAGCAGCACCUCAACCACUGUCAGCGGUGGCCCAUUUGCUUCCAAAGCUCAACAGGAGGCCCUGGAGCUGCAUUACCAGGGAUUGCGACUUGUACGCUCGAUCAGCAAACUCCACCCAGCGUGGUUAGCGUCACAGACCGUCAUUAUCGAGUGUUUGAGGAAACUGUGGCGCUCAUCAGCGCGAAUCCAGCGACUCGUUGCGCACAAUCGACUGCCUAUCAAGUUUCACCUUGAGUCUAAGCUGCUGAUUAAGUGUUUGAUCACGUACAGCCGAGCAAAACCAGAAGAUGUUCAGGUGCUGCUGGACAUGGUAUCGGUGUUUCUACACCGCACACCGUUCGACUUCAGUUUCCUGCAAACUUUCUAUCGAGAGGAGGUCGCAACCAAGUACAGCGUGGCAAACAAGCGGAACCUCAUUCGAUUGUUCCUGCGUAUGCUACGUGAACCGGGGGCAUCUGAGGAACUGAAGGUUCACGCUGUUCAGUUGUUAAUAAUGCCUGUGCUGACGACGUCGUUCGAGGACCCAAACGUGAACAAUAUCGACGUCAUGGACCUUGAUACUGUUAUGUGGAUGUUACGGGAAAUUUUGGCAAGCAAAGAUUUUCCGCCGGACACAAUGCAAAGCCUUCGGAUUGAGCUACUCAAGCUGGGAACGCUACUCAUCCAGCACAUGAGCAAGUAUGUGACUGACCACCGCAAGGAAGUGAUCAAGUUUGCGUGGAAUCAUCUGAAAGCUCACGACCUGACGUCGAAACUCUGGGCAUAUGUGAACGUCUGCCGCUUUAUCUCUGUCUACGAUACGCCACCGAAGAUUGUUUUGCAAGUGUAUGUUGCGUUGUUGCGCACGCACGAAAUGGACGCGCGUUUUCUGGUUCGAAAGGCGUUUGAUAUCCUCUUACCCGCACUGCCGAGCCGUUUGCCUUCAAAUGAAUUUAUCAAGGCUAUCAAGUGGACAAAAAAGAUAGCGUACGAAGAGGGGCAUGUUCUUGGGCAAUUGGUCCACAUUUGGUUCUUGAUUGUUCGGCAUCCGGCGCUGUUCUAUCCAUUUCGCGGCCAGUUUGUGCCGCUCAUGGUGAACUCGCUAAACCGUUUGGCAAUUCCUCCUAGUAGUACGCCUGACAACCGUAGACUUGCGGUGAACAUUGUAGACUUGGUCAUUUCAUGGGAGCAAACACGGCAUGAUCGACUCGCCAUGAGGGGUACUCUUUUAGCGUCUGGACACAAAGUAGCAAGCCCUGGUGGAGAACUAAAGCGGAGCCCAUCCGCAAUGAGAACUGCUGCAACGCUGGAGGGAGCUGUGGACGAACAUGCGAUGAAAAAACGGAAAGUUUUGCCGAGUGAAAGCACUAGCUCGUCGGAUGCAAAGACUGUAGAUGUUCCACCGAGUUCUAGUCCGAGCCAUGACAACACCACCACGUUGCAGAUUCAAGUUCCAGCCCCUGGAUCUGGUCAGCAGCAAGGGCAGGUAUCGGCAUCCCCGUCUUCAGAGGCAACUCGGGCGGCGAACAGCGAAGAUGAUUUUGAGCUGAGCGGUGCUAUGGUGGAUCUGGUUAUAAAUUUCGCUUUUCGAUUUGCUUUGGCAUCUGCGGACAAGCAGGAGACAAGCCGUCUGGCAAAGACGUGUGGCGAGCUGUUCGACAAGGCACUGCGCUUGUGGCCGUCUGCAUCCAUUCGCUUCUCCUACUUCGACAAGUUGAUCGCUGUCACUGCGGAGACAGUGAUUCGGCAGCAGCAACAGCUGCAGGCAAGUAUGAACGCCGCUGCCGCUGCUGCUGGAGGCACUGGACAGCCUGUUCCGAUUCCAGCACCACCUCCACCGACCGUUAUGCCCCCGUUUUUUGUGGUACCGAAGGGUGCGCCUUUGUCGUCUCUGGCAAUCCUGGAUGCUGUCUUGGGUAUCUUGAAUUCUUUAAUCACUCCCGAAGUAGUUACCAAGUCCAAGCGUCCGAUGCCGUACGUUAUCCAAUAUGCACCACGCAUCAUGAAGCUACUUGAACCGUGCUUCGAUCGCCAGAACCAUGAGAUUCAAGCUAGUCUUACAAAUUUUCUAUGUCGAAUGACAGUGGUACGUUUCUAUCCCUGGCUGCGUGAAAUUAUCAACGAACGUCUCGUAAAUGCAGCAAUGUUCCAGCAAGAGUUGAGCACGGGCGGCAUAGGUUUGUCUGGUGGUUCCACUUUGCUUGCCUCAAAGGGAAAAGGGAAGAACGCAGCGCAGAGUGGCCCUGGGUCUAAAGCUGAUAAGCAGGGUGGAGCGACGGCCAAUGCUGCUGCGGGCCAUGGUCACCCCCCCGGAAAGAGUCAAAAAGAUCCAAGUGGUAUUAAUCCACUUAUCAAUCACGAGGCGGCACGGAUGCGCUUGUUGUUUUCACAGCAUCCUCGCGUGGUUGUGUCACCGACAAGCUACCCCGGCGAGUUUACGUUGAAGCUGCUGAAUGGUCUUGCCGAGAUUACACCGGAGUUUGUGGAUCACUUCGCACCAGCAUUGCUGAAACUGGCGCAACGCUUCACGCGUGAACAUUUGAUUCAGUCAGCGGCAGCAGGAGGUGGGGGUGCUCAUGGCGGAAAGCCUGGUGGUAGCAAUGGUACUGCUAUGGGCGUGGAAAGUGGGAAGGCAGUUGUGGAUUCUUUUGGGCGGAAUAGAGUGAUGGCGACACCAUCUUUAGCAAUUGUCAACGAAUGGAACCAAAUGCAGGCGGGACGAUCCAACUUGGCUGUGAAUAACGUAGUACGACACGUUGCGAAGAAGCGUGAAUCGUCAGGCGAGAAGUCAGGAGGGACCAAGAAGAAGGGGAGUGCUAAUGACCAAUCGCUAGGGAACGAUGCGGCAAGUACGAAGGGCGGCAGCACAAUGAAGAAGAAAAUGGGGACGAAUGCAAGUAACAGCUCGGGUCGUGGUUCUUUUGUCGGAGGAAGUGGCAAGAGGCCGAUAGAGCUGCUUGUUCUGUGCUAUGCGCUACUGGCAAAGUGUACGUUCACAACAGGCGAGCACCGUCGUCUGUACACAAACUUGCUAGUUCACUGCCUGGAGGGAUCUUUCAACAUACCGCUUUUGCUGCAAAUUACAAAGAUCGUGGCUAAGAUGGUUGCAUCGACGGAUGUUCGCCAUCAAGUUCUGACCGCGAAAGACAAGAUGACGCUGCUGAGUAAGAUGUCCACGUUUGACCGGCUCAACGAGAUAUCUGCGUUGCCGCUAAACGAGGAGUACUAUCAAUUGGUGCUCAAGCUUUGCGACCCACCAGCACCCGGUGAUGCGAAGCACCACGCUCACCAGUUGCACUUGAGCCCUACGCCACAGAGCCACAGCCUUACCACGCACUUCAUGGCGGGCCUACUUGCCCCUGAUUCCACGACGCGUGAGAAGUUCCUGCAGAUCUUCUUUGCAGCAACUGGCCCCGGGCCCGUUGCGCGUUUGCAACUUGUGUUACGUCAAGAUUGGCAAGCUUGUGGAACUCGAUACUGGCCAGUGAUCGCCAUUGAAACACUAAUGGCAGCAAUUUCUCCAAGCACGCCACCGUCGAUUUUCUCUCCUGGAGCUCGGGACUCUACUGGAAUUACAGUGGCGCCGAAGUCUUCAGUCCAUGCCGAAUUCUUGGAAAACUAUGGAACGUUGAAGACAUCAGAACUUACGUUGGCCUUACGCGACUUAGCACACAUCGAUCUGGAGCUUGCCAAGGAGUUAUGGGUCAACCUGUUCAGUGCCGCGUGGGAUUUACUGAAGAACUCGGAGCAAACGCAGAUGACGAGUCAACUGUUGAAAAUCUUGGCUUCCAAGUACAACAAGCGCGACCUGAAUGUGCCCCUCGGCGCGUCUACUCCUCGGCGCACCAACGUGGUCCAAACUUUGAUGAAGGGAAUUGUGAGCACGAGUCAAAGCGCUCCCGUGAUGACACCCGAGCUGGUGCUGCAUAUUUCUUCUGCUUACGAUGUCUGGAGCUGUGCUAUUAGAAUUUGCGAGUUCCAAGUUGAAAAGUCGGACCUGAGUGUAGAGAGCCGGUUGCGAUGGAUCGAAGCUCUCAGUGCUAUCUACAAACAGCUAAGUGAGGAUGAUCUUCGCAUUGGAUUGAGUUUGGAGAAUAUUGGACAGUCGGAAACGCGCACGGCGCUAACUCUGGAGGCUCUCGGUUGCGUGCAUGAAGCGCAGGAGGAAUACUUCCGCGCACUAUCCAAGGCUCAGAGUGGGCGUGUGAGUGUGGAGGAUGUGAAUCUUUUCGAGUUGAGAUUGUGGGAAGAGCGCUGGAUGGGGUGUGCAAAACAACUGUGUCAGUGGCAGCUCAUGAAUGACUUCGCGAAGUCAACGCAGAACCAAGAGUUGUUACUCGACUGUGCUUGGAAACGCGGUGACUGGGCUUCUGCGAAGCAGUUGUUACUCUCUCCGUCUAUGCAAUCUUCGGCAGAGCUGGGGUGUCCGCAGACCCGUUUACAACGGUUGUACAUCUCAAUUCUUGAUGCAGAUAAACGCAGUGCUAUCGAUACUCUAGCUGCUCAGACUGCCGAGUUGGCAUUGCACCAAUGGCAGGGGCUGCCGCGCAUUCUCUCUCGCGCACAUUUGCCACUCAUGCAUUUGUUUCACAAGUUUGUGGAAGUAAAAGAGUCCAUCCAAAUGAUGGAAGACAUCAAGUCAGCGAGCGCUCAACACGCUGCAUUGCCGAACCUCAAGCCUUCCAUUAAUACUUGGCGAGAGCGCUUACCAAACAAGUGGGAACCCAUUCUUCUCUGGGAUGAUAUUCUCACAUGGCGGUCGCACAUGUUCCAAGUUGUCAAGACUACAUUUGCGUGGAGUGAUGCGCAGGUGCUCGCUUGUAUGCACGACAGUCCGUGGUCCGUGAUUAAACUUGCGCACACAGCGCGUAAGCAGCGGCUACCCGAUGUGUGUCUUGGCGCGCUUGCGAAAUUGUAUUCUGUUCCGGCCAUGGACGUGCAGGAUGCGUUCUCGAAACUGCGCGAGCAAGUGAGCAUUUGCUACGAAAGUGCUACGGAGUACUCGGGCGGUCUGAGUAUCCUGAAUACGACCAACCUGGACUAUUUCAGCUUGCGACAGAAAGCGGAAAUGUUCCGUCUGAAGGCUCUGUUCUUGGAAGCACAAGGAUCGCUCCCCGAAGCCAACCAAACAUUCUCUCACUGUCUCCAGAUCUGUGAUAGUUACGGCAAGGGAUGGCUUUCAUGGGGCCACUAUUGCUACCGGUUGUUCCUCGUUCGGAAAGAGCUGCCGCUAGCCUCGCAAACUAUCGCGUGCUACUUGCAGGCUAUUCACCACCGGUGCAACUCGGCCAGGUUGAUGAUUGCGCGGGUGCUUUGGCUGCUCAACAUGGAUGACCGCCGAGGAGUUCUUAUCCAAGCCUUCGAGACGCACGGCAAGCAAUUGCCGAUUUGGAUUUGGAUUAUUUGGAUUCCACAGUUGCUUAUGGCGCUUGGGCGCCCGGAGGCCCCCCAGAUUCGGGGUCUGCUGCGAGGUCUCUCGGCCAAGUUCCCACAGGCGCUGUACUAUACAAUGCGCGCUUUCUUCCUGGAGAACCGAGACAACGCCAUGCUACUAGCCAAUCAGCAGCAGCAGCUAGCCGCUACUCCGACGGGUGUUUCGCCUUCUUCGAGUGCAGCAUCUUCGCCAGGCAAUCGUAUGUACUACCGAACUAAAUCCGGUCAUGUUGUUGGAGUUCCUUCAACGCUGCCGGUUGCUCAAGUCCAGGAGGUUCCUGGACUUGUCGGCCCUCCUCGACCAACCCCAGCAGCGUUUAACGCAGCACCCGGUGUCGUGUUGACGUUAGAUGCGUGGAACGAAAAGGUUCGCAACAAUGGCGAUGAUGGAUAUUCGUUGAAGGCUGAGGUUGGGCCUGUGCAGUACACGGAGGAUCUCCUGAACUUCUUACGCAGAUCGCACGAUUCGCUUACUUUUGAAAUGGAAUGUAUGCUGGAAGAGAUGAUCACACGUUUCCGCCCCGAACCGGAAGAAGAGCUUCUCACGGCUGUUCACGCGCUUUUACUCAAGUGUUAUCAGCUACCGAGGCUUACGAAGACAGAACCGGUGCCGAAGAUGCUGCGUGCAGCGCUUGCGAGAGUCUGCCGCAAACUGUUCGUGCUGCUACCUCACCAGAAGAACGAAAAGCACGAGGCGUUUGUGGUGGAGUUUAAAGAUGCCUUUAAACGUGACUUUACUCCGCUCGCAGAUGACGAAACGCAGCAGCAGGAUGGAGCAGCUUCUACCCUCUACGAGAUUAUGAACCGGUUGAAGCGGUGGAAGACUUUGCUGCAGCUACGGGUGAAAAAAGUGGGUAAGCGAAAUGCUGGUAAGCUCUACCUUGAGCAGUGCAGUCGUCACCUGAUGGAGCUGAGCAGUUCCAAUAUGGAGGUUCCGGGCCAGUAUGUGUCUGACAGCGAGCCAAUCAAGGAUCUGCAUGCACGCAUCCAGCACUUUGAGAGUACUGUGGACGUGCUGUUACGCAAUGGAUUUACUCAGCGACGUGUGUCCAUGGGUGGAAGCGACGGCCGAGCGUACUACUUCCUGGUGCAAUAUGCAAUGACCCAUAUUACACGCACAGAUGAGAGAAUGAUGCAGAUGUAUUUGCUUCUGAAUCGACUGCUUCUUCGCCACAAGGAAACGAAAAAGCGCAACACGGUCUUCCACGUGCCGAAGGUGAUUCCUCUUACACCACGCGUGCGUUUACUGGAGGACAACUGCGACUUCGUCACACUUGGCGAGAUUUACGAGCUUGACUGUCAGAUUGAGAACAAGGACCCAGACCUCCCUGUAGAACUCUAUCGCGAGCGUGUGUGCGAAGCGUAUGCGGCAGCAGAGGCCGGGAAGGAUUCGAGGAAGCAAGAGGAGGAGCGCGUGAUUCAAGCCAAGACUCGUGCCUUCGACGAGAUCUGCAACGAGCACGUACCCGAAACACUAUUGGCCAAGUAUGUCCACGGUAUCUCGACCCACAGUGAUGCUUACUUCCAGUUCCGCAGCGAGUUUACUAAGCACCUCGCACUAUCGAGCUUUCUAUCGUAUGCGCUGUUCGUGGGGGACCGUGCACCGCACCGAGUGUUGUUUUCAAGACGCACCGGUCGGGUGGUGAGCACAGAGCUACGACCAGGAUACGCGACUAGUGGUAUUCUGGAGGCUGCGACGACCAUGCCAUUCCGGCUCACGCGCAACCUCCACAGCUUCAUGACGAGGCCGGGAGUCCAGGGGCCAUUUAGUGUGGGGAUGACGGCUGCUGCGGAGGCGCUCAUGAGUGAGGAGGAUAUCCUGAGCAAUCAGUUGUGCCUCUUCUUCCGCGACGACUUGCUGUCGUGGCAUGCUUCGAAGACGCGUAUGCUUUCUGCUGGCGCGUCGUCGCCCAGUGCAUCGUCAGGCCCAGCAUCGCCAGCAGCGGUGGCGCAGCGCCGUGUCGAGUCACAGGUGCAACAACGCGUCGAAGCCAAUGUAAGUCUCGUCCUGGAGCGAAUUCGCGGUGUAUCCCUCAAGAAGGAAAGCGGCGAGUCGACGCGGGGCAGGAGCGUGCGUGAGCUACUGGAGGUUGCCACGAGCCCGGAGCGCCAGCGUGAAAUGUACCCCACGUGGUACCCUUGGCUGUAG